AUGAAAUCUCAAACAAUCACCCAGCCCCCAGAUGCUUUAGCUACAUGGGAUCCAAACACAUCCCCAUGCAACUGGACCCGGGUUUCAUGUGGUGAUCAUGGCCAAAGGGUUGUAGAUGUUGACCUCUCUGGCCUUGGGAUAUCCGGUCCAGUUAAUCCCCAUAUCGGGAACUUGUCUUUUCUAAGAACACUUCAACUCCAAGAAAACCAGUUUCAGGGUAUAAUUCCUGAAACAAUCACCAAUCUUUUACGCCUACGAAUCCUUAACAUAAGUUUUAAUAGCAUCCAAGGCGCCAUUCCAGCAAACAUAAGCCGUUGCAUGAAGCUAAGGAUUGUUGAUUUCAUGCAAAACAAACUAUCAGGUUCUAUUCCUGAAGAUCUCACUCUACUUGUGAAUCUUCAAAUUCUGAACUUGGCAGGAAACCAUCUUUCUGGUUCAAUUCCACCUUCCAUUGGUAACCUUUCUUCAUUGUUAACUUUGAAAUUGGGAACCAAUACACUUAGUGGCCCGAUUCCUGGAGACUUGUCUCGUCUCGUGAACCUAAAGAAUCUUGAUCUCACCAUUAAUAAUCUUACUGGCAUUGUUCCACCAUCGAUUUACAACAUGUCUUCACUCGAGACUCUAGCGGUGGCUUCUAAUGAUUUGGGGGGUGAUAUACCUUACAACGUUGGGGAUACACUCCCAAAUCUUCAAAUUUUCAACUUUUGCAUUAAUAAAUUCACAGGUACCAUUCCUGGUUCGUUGCACAAUUUAACAAAAAUAAGAGGCAUCCGAAUGGCACAUAACAGAUUGCACGGGACAGUACCACCAGGACUUGGGAACCUCCCUGAGUUAGAAAUGUAUAAUAUGUUGGCCUCCAGAACUUGA